AUGUCGUUUUUGAAAUGGUUUAAGCCUCGUCGUAAAAACCUUUCUGAAUUAAAGAAUCAGCGAGAAGAUUUUGAUGAAGACAACGAUGGACGACCAGAAGAAAAUGAAGAAACAGAAAAAUAUACAGGUCGUGAUAUUGAAGAAGACGCUCAAAGUGAUGGAGCAAAACUGGUUUAUUUUGCUUGCCAAGCACCACAUGAAAAUAUUAUCAACGUACUUCGGUCAAUAACCAAUUCUCUAGAGACGUUUACUGUGGAAAAAGAAUGUAUUGAUUAUAUAACACCAAUAACUCAAAAAACUUUUCUUGUAAUUGAUGGUUCACCACCGGCGACUUUCAUGGAAGCCAUCGAACAAUUGAAACAAAUUGAUUCAAUAUUUUUUUAUUCUACACCACCUGGGUUCAUUCCUGAAAUAACCAAAACACAACAUUCCUAUCUUGUUAAUUCGUGUGACAGUGAAAACGCACUUAUAGAUAGUAUAAAAAAGUCUCGUGAAGAACUCGAUAAACAAACAACUGCAUUUAGUAUGUAUAACAAAAAAGAAAAAGCAACACGGGAUCUUUCAAAAGAAUCUGGUUCAUUUUUAUUUUUUCAAUUAUUUAAAAUUGUAUUAAAAAGUAUGCCAAAAAGCGCUGGAGCCAAAAAAACUAUGGUUACAACAUGUCGAAAUUAUUAUCGUGGAAAUAUAACUGAAUUAAAAAAUAUUGAUGACUUUGAUCGAACAUAUAAAUCAGAUGAAGCUAUACCAUGGUAUACAAAAGAAACAUUUGUUUAUAAAUUUAUUAAUAAAGCACUCCGUACAGAGGAUGUUGAUGUUUUAUAUCAAUUUCGUUUUUAUAUUAUGGAUUUAAGUGAACAACUUGAACGAAAAUUUAAAACCCUUCAAGAAAAACAAAAAGAUAUUCUUCGACUUUAUCGAGGUUCAAAAUUAAGUCAAGAUGAAGUAGAAAAUUUUCAAAGAAGUAUUGGAAAUUUAAUUUCAACAAAUGGAUAUUUAUCAACAAGUGAUGACCGUACAGUUGCAUAUGGUUUUGCAACAAAAUCUGCUAGAAGAGAAGGUUUUGUACGAGCGUUAUUUGAAUAUCGAGUUGAUUUAGAAGAGGUUAAAAAAAUUGUUAUUGCUGAUAUUCGAGAAUUUUCAGCAUUUCCAGAAGAAGCUGAAGUUUUAGUUGAUAUUGGAGCAUCAUUUCAAAUUGAUUCAUGUCAAUACAGUGCCGACGAAGAUUUAUGGCAUAUUCAAGUUCACGCUACUGAUCAAGGUGCUGAGUUAGCUGCUGAAUAUAUGGAAUAUCAAAAGAAAAAGAUGGUUGAAUCAAAUAUAGUUCUCAUGUUAGGUAAUUUACUUCUUGAAAUGGGUGAAUAUACUAAAGCAGAAAGAUAUUUUGAUACGAUUCUUCAUUCGGAAAAACCAAAUGAUGAAGAAAUAGCUUGUAUAUUUUUUAAUUUUGGUCGUACACAUAGACUAAAAGGUGAUUUUAAUCGCGCAAUAAAAUGUUAUAAUCGUGCAUACAAUUUACAUGUGGAUGCUCGACCAAAACGUUUAGCAAGUGCAGGAAAAACUUUAAAUGGUCUUGGAGUUGUUUAUAGUGAACAAGGACGACAAAUCAAAGCUAGAGAAUGUUUUGAACAUGCUUUGAAAUUAUAUAAGACAAGUAUUCCAAAAAAACAUGUUGAUGUUGCCGGAACAUUAAUUAAUUUGGGUACUAUUGAUUGUGAUCAACAGGAUUAUUAUCGAGCAUUGACAAGAUUUCUUAAAGCAAAAAAAAUUUAUGAUAUCUCUCUUCCACCAGGUCAUCCAAAUCAUGCAAUACCAAGAGUUAAUUUAGGGAACGUUUAUUUAGCCACUGAAGAUUAUCUUAAAGCUUGUGAAGAAUAUGAAAGUGCAUUGAAAUUACAAGAAUCAUCAUUACCAAGCGAUCAUCCAGAUAUAGCUCGUACAUUACAUAAUCUUGCAGUAGUUCAAACACAUCUAGGGAAUAUGGAACUAGCAAAACAAUAUUUAGAACGAGCAGAAGAAACAGCUACUCAUACAUUAACAUCAACACAUCCAGUUAUGUCUUUACUUACUAAAACAAAAGCUGUAAUGGCCGAAGAAAUUGAAGGAUAUAUCUAUACACGACAUUAA